UCUCUUCUAUCUUCACCUACAAAAUGAUGUACAACAUAGAAGUUGGUAGUGCAAUGACACAAAAACAAAACCAAAUUUCAAGAACAAGUACUCCAUCAUCAUCAACACCUCUAAAGAUGAUGAACAAGAAUUCACAAAAUAUAUCCAAAAUGAAGCCAAAAAUUAGAAUAAUUCACAUAUUUGCACCUGAGAUCAUCAAGACAGACGUAGCGAAUUUUCGAGAACUUGUUCAAAGACUUACAGGGAAGCCAUCAGAGAUCAACAACAACAACAACAAUAUCAAGAAAAGAUCAAGUAUUAGUAGUAGUAGUACAAAGUUAGUUCCAAGCAAAUUGGAAAUAAUUAGAGGUGGUUAUAAUAAUUGUACAGGAGAAGAACAAGAAGAUAUAUGGAGGAAUGCAAAUAAUUAUGGGGGAGGUUUUUUAGGUGGUUUUCAAGAAUUUGAUGGUUUCAUGCAAGAUUUUAAUCAACUUCCAUUACUCACUAAUGGUCAUUUGGAUGCUUAUGGAGAAACCCCACUUGCUUGAUUAACUACUAAUCGUACUAUUAUUCAAGUCAUACGUGAAUUGCUCAGCACAGAUUUUUCUGAUCGUACUAUUAUUCAAGUGAUACGUGAAUUGCUCAACAAAAGUUUUUCUCAUCGGAUUGAAAUCAAUUCUCCAGACAUAUUUUUGAUCAUGGAUGGUUAAUUAGCUUGAGGGAGGAAUUUAAUUUGAUUUAUUGGUGUUAACUACCCUAAUGAGUAGUAUUUGUUUAAUUUUCAAAUAUUAUUUUUGUUGUUUUAUUGGUUUUUUUUUAGAGUUUAAACUUAAUUAUUUAGUUUCUUGGUUAAGCAAAUUCUUGAUCAUUAUUUCCUUUUUUUUCCUGUCAUUUUAUGAAUCUUUUUCUUUUUGCGUAUGAUAUUGUGGCUCUCUCUAUCUCAAAGUAUUCACUAAUUCGAAACUCAAUUUAAAAGUCAUAAUUA